AUGCCAUAUCAAAUUCAGAUCAACUACCGGAUGAGAGUAACCUUAAACGACGGCCGACAGAUGACAGGCCAAAUGCUAGCCUUUGACAAGCACAUGAAUCUCGUCCUAGCAGACACAGAAGAAUUCCGACGCGUGAAAAGAAAAUCAACAAAGACCACCCAAGCGCCUGGCUCUAGCACCCCGAGCCUUGUCGAAGUUGAAGAGAAACGAACACUGGGCCUCACAAUCGUGCGUGGAACACACGUCGUCUCCUGCUCGGUCGAUGGACCGCCGCCCGCAGACCCCGCAGCGCGGUUAGGAACAACUGUGCCAAGCGUGUCGGGAGCUGGCCCGACCACCCUUGCUGCGGGGCCUGGAAUUAGUAGACCGGCCGGAAGAGGGUUGCCAGUUGGCCUGGGUGGGCCUGCAGCUGGUGUUGGCGGACCACCGCCUCCGGGAGGCUUUGGGGGGUUCCCACCCGCAGGAUUUCCAGGGGCGCCUCCACCAGGGUUCCCUGGGAGAGGAGGACCACCUGGAGGGCCUCCUGGUUUUGGACCACCUCCUGGAUUUGGUGGUCCUGCUGGUGUACCUGGCGCACCUCCUGGAGGAUUCCAACCACCAACCGGCUUCCAGCCUCCUCCCGGUCAAGGGCGAGGGUUCCCGCCACCCGGAUUUGGAGGGCGAUGA